GCUGGGCCGGCGGGGAGGCUCACCCGCUCCGCUCCCCCCGCCCGGCCGGUGGAGGGCGGGGCCCUGCCGGCUCCCGUCCCAGCGGCCCCGCACGGGAGGCCUGUCCCCGCCGCGGAGGCCGGGCCCGCCGCGCGCCUCCCCUCCGCGGCCCAGGCCGCGCCCGCGCCUUCUCCUCCAUCGCAGCCGCCCUCGGCCCCGCGCCAGCACCUCCCGCUGCAGGAGUCUUCACCAUAGCCCACGUUACCAUGGCCACCCACUUGUCCAAGGAUCACGAGGAGAGAAUCAAAUGUGUUAAGGGGGACCUUUUCUCAUGCCCCCAGACGGACGCAUUGGCUCAUUGCAUCAGUGAGGACUGUCGCAUGGGUGCAGGCAUAGCUGUUCUUUUUAAGAAAAAGUUUGGAGGCGUACAAGAGCUGUUGGAUCAACAAAAGAAGACUGGGGAGGUGGCAGUUCUCCGAAGAGACGACCGAUACAUUUACUACCUGAUUACGAAGAAGAAAGUUUCUCACAAACCAACAUAUGAGACUAUGCGAAAGAGUUUAGAAGCCAUGAAAGCUCACUGUCUGAACAAUGGAGUUACUGACAUUUCCAUGCCUAGGAUUGGAUGUGGACUUGACCGCCUGGAAUGGGAUAAAGUUUCAGCAAUACUUGGGGAAGUGUUUGAAGACACAGAUAUAAAGAUCACAGUUUACACGCUGUGAGCGAAAGAGUUUAAAGAGAGCCCCAUUUCCCUUUCUUUCAGGAGUGGAAACCUGUUAAAAUGAUUAGGGGGGAAACUGCAUGCUGAGCACAUUCUUUGUCUGAGCAUAGCUCACUCUCGUAUCGUCACUGGCAGUGGCUUUUAUCAACAACAACAAAAAAGCUCCAGAGCAGCUAAUUUGGGAGGUGGUGCUCAGGGAGGCUGCGAAGAGGGCAGGCAGUUGGUGGUGUGCUAACCCUACAGCAGUUCCCAGUCUACCCCCACAAGCCACCAGAUGUCACUGGUCCUCCACAGAGCACCUGCCUGUGCUGGAGCUUCUACUUAGAGCUGACAGUUCCUGUGCAGAGUGAAAUUGGAGCUGUCUGUUGCUUAGGUAUUUGUUGGUUUGUAGUUAUGGUUGAUAAUGAUGAGCUGUGGAGCCCUGUCGCUUUUUUUUUUUUAAGUUUUGGAAUGUUUAUAUCUGGCAUACAGUUCACAGGAUAAUUGUUACAGGAUUAAAAACUUAAUUUCUACCUUCUGGCCAUAAAUACAAUUUUCUGUUAGGAGAUUGUACUCACUUAAGAAUUAGGCUGUCAACAUUAAAUAAAUUGCUCUUCAGUAAUCUGCUGUCGGAUCAGAGCACAGUCCUUUUGGAAAACAUACCGAUGUCUGUCUGUGUUGUGGCUAUGUGCUAGAGGGGAAGCCACAUUUUGAAGGCAAACACUCAAAAAAAACACCUUUUGGGUGCAUUUUCUACUGUGUAAUUGCUGUGGUUUUCAGAACUCAGUUUUCUGAGAAUCCGCAUGUUUGAAUCCACACUGUCAAAAGUCUUAGCAUGGAGUUUAAGGUUGAUUUUUUCCUAUUUCUUUUUUUAACUGCAUUUGUAAUUUAGCUGUUAUACGUAGGUUGCUGUUUGAUGUCACCAACAGCAGAAGCAAAUCAGUAAUAUGGUUUAUCAGAUCGUUGGUAAACACUUGAUUUUGGAAAGUUUGGUUCUGGUACCAAAGAAGUACUGUGUACUCUGCAUUUCCUUUAUGUUUGGUUUUUCCCACCCUCCCAAAGUAACAGAUCUUUCGGACUUUGCGUACUGGAUGGCCAGAAGAAUGCCAGAUGUACUGAAUAAACCUAAAAGAUGGGACAUAACAGUUGAGAAAUUUGUAGUAUACCAUAGGGUUCCUAAUUGGUUUUCACUAUUAAUUGAAUGGUAGAGUGUUUUCUGUUCUUAGCAUUGUGGUUAGUCUGUAUUGUGUGGUUUCUUUGCUGAUGCAGCUCUGCAAAUCCUGUUUGUGUCUUUAAGAGCUUCAUAUUAUUUCCCUGUUUGUUGAUCAUCUUUUGUAAACUUGGUUUUGGUGGAUAAUUACUGUAGCUAAAUACGCAACUGGAAAAAAAAAUAAACUCGGUAAGAUACA